CUCCUCCCCUCGGGAGGUGGGGCCAGGAUGGGACAGAGGCAGAGGUAGUUCCCACUCCUUUCCCCAGCACUUGCUUCUCAAGGAGUCAGUCUGAGUCAGGAGGAUCCACCGCUGGAGAGCAAGUGUCACCUGUAGUGUGGCCUGAGCAGCUGCGGCGACGAGGGUCAUGCGGGUGGAGCUGAACAAACCGGGCAGCAGAGAAUUUAAAAAUCCUGGUGGCCAGACCGGCUCCAACAGGAUGUUGGGGUGGGGGGACAGGCAGGAGUAGUUUUCAAAGCUCCCCAAAGGGUGCAGCCAAGGACAGAUGCCCCUGCAGUGGAGGUAGAGAGGGACGCUCGGGGCCACCAGUGCUGGGCGGCAAGCCAGCGCCCUUGAGGUUAGUAAGUACAGGGAAGCAGCAGCGGGAAGAUUCUCUGAAGACUUAUUAGAUGGGAGGAACCCCAGGCAGCAUUGUUUUGUCAAAGGAAGGUGUCCCCAUCCCCAGGGUCAGAGUUGGCAAUUCUUAACCUCUGGAGCUGGACACAUUUCAACUGUGCUCCUGGCCCCACAAAGGAUUACAUUCGGCCCGUCUGAUUGCUGAACGGAGAGAGACACUGACCCGCAGCUCGUUUCCGGCAGCCCGGGUGCAGAGCUCCACAGAGAACACAGGACCCAAGAUUGAGCUUUAAAGAACACCGAGCACCUCCUACCACUUCAGACCAAAAGCUACCUAAAAUCAGGAUUAUUGACCCAGAGGAAGAGCUAUCCAUGGAGAAUAGCCCCACUAUGGCUAAAAUGGACCAGGGUGAAAAUCAGGUUUUACCAAGUCCAAGAAGAAGACGCCUCCCCAAGGCACUUGGCUACGUCACUGGUGAUAUGAAAGAAUUUGCCAGCUGGCUUAAAGACAAACCACAGGUGCUCCAGUUCGUAGAUUGGGUUCUUCGGGGCAUAUCCCAAGUGGUGUUCGUCAGCAACCCCAUCAGCGGAAUCCUGAUUCUGGUGGGGCUCCUCGUCCAGAAUCCCUGGUGGGCUCUCAAUGGCUGUGUGGGAACAGUGGUCUCUACCCUGACGGCCCUGUUACUUGCUCAGGACAGGUCAGCAAUUGCAGCCGGGCUGCAGGGCUACAACGGCACCCUGGUGGGAAUACUCAUGGCUGUCUUUUCAGACAAGGGCAACUAUUUCUGGUGGCUGUUAUUCCCUGUGUCUGCUAUGUCCAUGACUUGUCCAGUUUUCUCAAGCGCACUGAACUCCUUGUUCUGCAAAUGGGACCUCCCCGUCUUCACCCUGCCCUUCAACAUGGCGUUGUCAAUGUACCUUUCGGCCACGGGACAUUACAAUCCGUUCUUCCCAGGCAAACUGUUCAAACCUAUAACCGAGGUUCCCAAUGUCACCUGGACUGACCUCAGUGCCCUGCAGCUGUUGAAAUCCCUGCCCGUGGGUGUCGGUCAGAUCUACGGCUGCGAUAACCCGUGGUCGGGGGGCAUUUUCCUGGGCGCCAUUCUGCUCUCCUCCCCGCUCAUGUGCCUGCACGCUGCCAUCGGGUCGCUGCUGGGGAUAGCGGCAGGACUCAGUCUUUCAGCGCCAUUUGAGAACAUCUACUUUGGACUCUGGGGUUUCAACAGCUCUCUGGCCUGCAUUGCAAUGGGAGGGAUGUUCAUGGCACUGACCUGGCAAACCCACCUGCUGGCUCUUGCCUGCGCCCUGUUCACUGCCUACCUUGGAGUCAGCCUGUCACACGUGAUGGCUGUGGCGGGAUUGCCAGCUUGUACCUGGCCCUUCUGUUUGGCCACACUACUGUUCCUCUUGCUGACCACGAAGAAUGCCAACAUGUACAGGAUGCCCCUCGGUAAAGUCACUUAUCCUGAAGAAAACCGCAUCUUCUACAUACAAGCCAAGAAAAAAAGGAUGGUUGAAAGCCCUUUGUGAGAGCAACCGCACCCACAGCCAUGGUCACAAGGGGUGGCUGACCGACUGCCCCAGGUGACCCCCAGGGUCUUGGCAAACUGCUGUUUUUUGCCCGUAACGACUUUCGUACUACUAACCCAUUGGCAAUCUGCUCUUAGGCUCAUUUUGUAGCUUUCUCUUAGACUCCAGGAGCAUCCCCAAACAUGUGAGAGACCAGAUGGUGUGCCCUGGUGGGGCGUUGGUGCUAAGACUAAUAUAUUCAUAAGGUCAAGUGCUCCAACAGAACGAAGACAUGAGACCAGAGCUAAUGAUUGACAUUUAUUGAUAUUCUUGGUGUUUGGUUGGGCUACGUGAUGUUAACAGUAUUAAAAAUUAAGCUCUCCAA